AUGGAUUCUGCAGAGUUCAAUCCCUUCCAGGAGAAGUUAACUUCUGCCUUGGUACAAGUGACCCGCACUGUGGGCCAGCUGUCGUCAGAGGAUCUCAACUUCCAUCGUACUUCCAGCUCGGAAUUUGCCGAGUCGCUCGACGAACAAAGCGAGCGCAUUCUUGCGCUGACUUCAGCUGUCCUUAAAGCUGCUACUGUCGGAACUGGUGUGGCUGCGCCAAGACUUGAAAAUGAAGAUUCAGUGGAGGAUAACUGGCGUGGUGUGGUGGAUGUGAUCGACUCGCUUCUUGAGAAGGCCGAUGCCUGCCUGGAUGAGUUCACUGGGGUAAUCAAAAAGUUGAGCCCAUCGCAGGAGGAGCAGGCACCCGCAGUCAAGAAGACCUCCAAGUUCCCAACUAUCUAUGACUAUGGUCCAUCAAAAAUCCCCAAGCCACAGCUGAAAUUCGACCAUCAACCUGACAAUUCCGAUUUGGGUCCCUUCCUUCCUCUCCUCAAGAACAAGCCGCAUGCAAAUAUUCCAUUAAAGAAAUCGUUGGAAAAAAAGCAAGUCGGCGGUGCUUUCAUACACCCUCAUCCUUACGAGAACGAGAUCCGCAAUGCGCAGUACCCAAAGUCCGUAUACCAGACCUCCCCACCCAUCGACUACCUGGCUUUCAACAACACGACUGCGACCUUUGUUGAUACACUUGAUGGAGUCAAAGAAAUGCUUGGAGAAUUGAAGAAAGCACAAGAAAUUGCGAUUGAUUUGGAACACCACGACGUUCACUCCUACCAUGGCCUUGUGUCCUUGAUGCAAAUAAGCACCCGCGAAAAGGAUUGGGUUGUUGAUACCUUACAGCCAUGGCGGGAAGAGUUGCAGAUUCUCAAUGAAGUAUUUGCGGACCCGAAGAUCCUGAAGGUUCUUCAUGGAUCUACCAUGGAUAUUAUUUGGCUACAGCGUGAUUUGGGCCUAUAUGUGGUUGGCAUGUUCGACACCUUCCAUGCAGCUUCUGCUCUAGGUUUCCCAAAGAGAAGCUUGAAAUUCCUUUUGAACAAAUUCGUUAAUUUUGAGGCCGACAAGCGAUACCAAAUGGCCGACUGGCGUGUUCGCCCUCUCCCGUCCGGCAUGUUCGACUAUGCUCGAUCGGACACCCAUUACCUCCUUUACAUCUACGACUGCCUACGAAAUGAACUCAUUGAAAACUCAUCAAAUGACGCAAGCCUCAUUGAUUACGUCCAGGAGAACUCAAAGAACGAAGCACUGCAACGCUAUGAGCGCCCAGUCUAUGAUGCGACGAAUGGUCAAGGUCCUGGAGGUUGGUUUGACUUGCUCUCCCGAAAUUCCGGACCUAUUUCCAAAGAGCAAUUUGCGGUCUUUCGGGCCGUUCAUCAGUGGCGUGAUGAAGUGGCACGGGCUGAAGAUGAAGGUUGGCAGUGUGUGUUUCCAAAGCAUAUGCUUUUCAAGCUUGCUCAGGUCAUGCCUCUUGACAUGGGAACCUUGUUGCGUACUCUUUCGCCUGUGACUCCUAUCACGAAGAAUCGAGCCAUGGACUUGCUAGCUAUCAUCAAAGAGGCGAAGGUCGCCGGGGCUACCGGUCCGGAGUGGCGCGAUAUUGCACCUCGCCCCAAGGCCAUUCUGAAUGAUGUCGCAAUAGAUGCAGCGGAAAUUGAGUUCCCUGUCGCCGAGCGUUACGAAACAUCUCAGUUCUGGGGUGAUGUCUGGGAGAUCCAAGAAACCCUUGCUCCGAAAUCGUACUCUGAUAUCGCAUCAGCUGAAGCCCUCCGGCUUUCUCUUCCUUUGCCACCCAUGCCGACAACUAUCUCUGAGGCCCGCGAAAAACUCGGAGUUCAACCCAGCAGCAAGCCUGUCCCUGUCUCUGAACCAGCCCCAGUCCCCACUCCGGCGCCCGAAGAACCCAAAAUUUUCACUGUUAAGGAACUUGGUGGUCCUCGCAAGAGGAAGGUUGCACAGACUGAAGUCCCGGAUCAAGAAUCAUCAACAUCCGAUAGCUCAGAGAACAUAAGCAACGACACCGACUCAGACACGAAGCAAAAUGAGAAGUUGCGCAAAGAAAAGAAAUCCAAAAAGUCUGCAACGUCCGCCUCUCAAUCCGAAUCAGAGUCGACACCAUUUGAUUAUGGUGCCGCAGACUCCAUUCUCAAUGCACCCUCCGCAUCAAACCGCGCAGUACAGCCAAGGAAAAAGCCAUUCAACCCAUACGCCAAGGCAAUGGAAGCACCCUGGGGUGCACGCAAGCAAAAACGUAAUGAUGCUGGAAAGUCAUUGACCUUCCGCAAAUAG